AUGGCCAACCCUUCCCCCUAUCACGCUAUGGGCCAGGCGGACGAGGACCCCUCUAAUCCCCAGCAAUACUCGUCUCAAGGUUAUUCCGCCCCUCCACAACCUGGAGCUGUCUAUCCCAAUGCCUCACCGAAUCAGUGGUCCGCAUAUGGCUCCCCACAGCCAUCUCAACAGCCAUACCCAGGACAGUCCCCAGACGUCGCGUACAAUACCGCGCAGCAACCCAUGGCGGACCCGAACAUAGGGGGUUUGGUCUCUCAGAUGACUGGCCUCGGAGUGACAGGAGAAGCAGCAGGAGCAAGAACGCACCGAAAGAAGCAUCGGCAUGCCCAUCAUGACAUUGGAGCAGGCCCGGCAGCCUCCGCAGCUCCUGCACAACCAUACAACCAGGCAAUGGGCGCGGAGGGUGUUCAACCCACCUCUCAAUUUCUCAACACCGGCUUAAAUCAAGCUCCUCGACCUCUGUCGCCAGCCGUGGGUCCUCAAUCAGGACAGCCAGCCCCCGGGUUCACUUCACAACCAGGUCUCGAAGGUGGUGCGGGCUCUGUGGCCACGCAGGGCCGCGUUGACCCUGAACAAAUCCCCAGUAUCCCUCGAUCGCGCGACAUCCCAGCCCAGUACUACUUCAACAAUGUCUAUCCGACUAUGGACCGACAUCUUCCUCCCCCCGCGGCGAUCCCGUUCGUCGCGCACGAUCAAGGCAAUUCAUCGCCUAAGCAUGCCCGCCUUACCCUCAAUAACAUCCCCGCAACCUCCGAUUUCCUCUCCCAGACCGGCUUGCCGAUGGGUAUGGUUCUGCAACCGCUCGCCCCUCUAGACCCCGGUGAGCAGCCGAUCCCAGUCCUGGAUUUCGGAGAUAUUGGUCCUCCACGAUGCCGCCGAUGCCGUACCUACAUCAAUCCCUUCAUGUCCUUCCGAUCGGGUGGCAGCAAGUUCAUCUGCAACAUGUGCACGUUCCCCAAUGAUACUCCGACCGAAUACUUUGCGCCUCUGGAUCCAUCUGGAGCGCGUGUGGACCGCAUGCAACGACCUGAAUUAAUGAUGGGCACUGUUGAGUUCCUAGUGCCGAAGGAAUACUGGAACAAGGAACCCGUGGGACUGCAGACUCUCUUCCUGAUCGACGUGAGUCGCGAGUCGGUUCAGCGUGGUUACUUGAAGGCCGUCUGUGAAGGAAUUGCGGAAGCCUUGUAUGGCAACAUUGACACAGCAGAGGGCGCCGAGGACCCCGCGCACAAGCUUCCAGCUGGAUCAAAGGUUGGCAUCGUCACUUUCGACUCAGAGGUGCACUUCUACAACCUUACCGCAACAUUCGAUCAGGCGCAGAUGAUGGUGAUGACUGAUUUGGAGGAGCCUUUCCUGCCACUGAGUGAGGGUCUUUUCGUCGACCCGUAUGAGUCGAAAUCGGUGAUUACAUCGCUUUUGAGCCGGAUAACCAGUCUUUUCGCGCACAUCAAGAACCCUGAGCCGGCGUUGCUCCCCGCACUGAAUGCCGCAUACUCCGCAUUGCAAUCUACGGGUGGAAAAAUUAUCUGCUCCUUGGCUAGCUUGCCCACGGCCGGCCCUGGGCAGCUGGAGAUGCGAGAGGAUCCUAAAUUACAUGGGACCGAUGCAGAACGCAAACUGUUCAGCACAGAAAACCCUGCUUGGAAAAAGACAGCAACCAAGCUGGCCGAGGCUGGCGUUGGUGUUGAUUUCUUCCUUGCGUCCCCUGGCGGCGUGUACAUUGACGUGGCAACCAUCGGACAUGUCUCGGCCACUACAGGUGGUGAGACCUUCUUCUACCCCAAUUUCCAUGCACCUCGGGAUGUCCUGAAGGUGCGGCAAGAGAUUGCUCACACUGUCAAGCGAGAGACUGGUUACCAAGCGUUGAUGAAGGUGCGCUGUUCCAAUGGUCUCCAGGUGUCUUCAUAUCACGGGAACUUUGUGCAGCAUGCCCUUGGUGCCGACCUCGAAAUCGGUGGUAUCGAUGCCGACAAAGCUAUUGGUGUGGUUUUCAGCUACGACGGCAAACUCGAUCCCAAGCUGGACGCUCACUUUCAGGCGGCAUUGCUAUACACGUCGGCAGACGGGCAACGGCGAGUCCGGUGUAUCAACGUUGUGGCAGCGGUCAACGAAGGUGGUAUGGAGACCAUGAAGUUCAUCGACCAGGACGCUGUUGUUGCUAUUAUUGCGAAGGAGGCUGCAUCCAAGACACUCGAUAAGUCCCUGAAAGAUAUCCGUGCCAAUAUUCUGGAGAAGACAGUUGAUAUCUUCAGCGGCUACCGGAAGAUCUUCUCGGGAUCUAAUCCUCCGGGUCAAAUGAUAUUGCCCGAGAAUCUGAAGGAAUUCUCAAUGUUCAUGCUGAGCUUGGUUAAAUCGAGAGCCUUCAAAGGCGGAAACGAAUCAUCAGACCGCCGGGUUCACGAUCAACGCAUGCUCCGUUCGUUCGGCUGCACAGAACUCUCCCUUUACCUUUACCCUCGCAUCAUUGCCAUUCACAAUUUGCAACCGCUGGACGGGUUCGCGAACGAGCAUGGUCAACUUCAAAUUCCACCGUCGCUGCGUGCCAGCUUCUCGAAAAUUGAGGAAGGUGGUGCCUACUUGGUGGACAAUGGCCAGAUCGUGCUGCUCUGGCUCCAUGCACAGGUUUCGCCUAAUCUGCUGGAGGAUCUGUUCGGGCCCGGGCAUAAUUCUCUCCAGGAACUCAGCCCCAACAUCUCCUCUCUACCUGUGUUGGAAACGCAUCUGAACGCUCAGGUCCGCAAUCUCCUACACUACUUCUCGACGGUGCGCGGGUCUAAGAGCAUGGCUAUCCAAAUGGCGCGGCAAGGGCUGGACGGGGCCGAGUACGAGUUCGCUCGACUACUGCUGGAGGACCGGAACAACGAAGCACAGAGCUACGUGGAUUGGCUGGUGCACACCCACCGACAGAUCAAUCUGGAGCUAGCCGGUCACCGGAAGAAAGAGGAGUCAACGAGUGAGGGUGCCUUGGCCAGUCUGUCGGCUAUGCGAGCACCAUAUUGGUAA